AACUGUAUCUUGAACCGACGUCGGCGGCAUGCUCGAGUGGAGCCGAGAUCGACGGCGUGGCCAUGAACAGCGCCUGAGACAUGGAGCGUCGACCACCCGUCAUGAGGACCGCCGUCGCCAAGUGGCCGCGUCUUACUACCCACACCAUAAUCACACGUAUGAGGACGACGACGAAGGAACCCCUCGUGUUCGUUCCCAUCAUCCCCCCAAACGCGUGGUGUCCAACCUGGCAGCAUUUCACGAGGACGAGUACGUUGACUACUUAAAGGAGCGUCGGGACAUGCGAGCCUCCCAGCCGCAUGAUCGUGGAAAGUGGAAGUGCAUGGGAACGGAAUUCGUCGACGGCGCCGAGCACGCGUCAGCGUUGCACAUCGCCGUGGUGCCUCCAGGUCGGUCCAUCCCCUCUCUCCUACUCGAUCCACCAUCAUUGGUUGUAGACGCGGCAUACUCCAUCGAACGGCAGUUUUGGACGUGGUGCGGACGGGAAGUCUCGCUGGAGAAGCUAGUGGUCGACGCGCCGCCGUCCUUGGACGACCUGUCGCUGCAUGAUGCGGUGGUGGAAGCAACGACGUGGACUCCCGACGACGUAGUCCGCAGCACAUCAAACCCUCCAUCAUCCUCGUCAGACCCAUCUCUUCCUGCACCAUCACUCGACCCGGUUCAGGACAAAAUGGCAGCCAACGACGACGACACGCCCGCCGCCGCCUCCAUCAUCAUGGACCCCCCCCCUGCAACAACCCAUACUGUCCACUGAUCAUGUGUACUUCAUACAAAUACUAGUACUUCGUACCGGUACAAGUAGUCCAGAAGUACAUUUCUGUGGUUCGCGACAGUAGUAGUACUACUAGUACUCCUAGAAAGGUACUACGUAGUACUAUUUAUAAUAUAACGUUAGCAAUAAUAAUGUUGCGGCUACACCAA